AUGGAGAGCGACUCCGAGGCUUCUGAUACGCGAUCUGCCAGCUUUCAAAAUGUGAUCGGCGAGUGGAACGAUACUGCAGGUCUGCUUUCCCCCCGCUGCGCUGCGAUGCCGGGCUGGAUUGACUUCAUGGGUGGAGUUGACCGGGGCUGGGAGGCUUGCCCCCGCUGA